ACAAAGUGCUAGUGUGCUACAACCGGUGAAAUCACCACUCCGCUCCCCGUCCCUCCGUGUGUGGUUCCCGUGGCUAGCUAGGUCUUGCCGCCGCCGCCCAAAUGAAAGAGAGCGAGGACGGCGGCCGCCGCCGCCGCUGCCGCAGGCCCCAAACCCACGCGAGUGACGAGGCCGUCGGAGUGACCCGCAGCCAUCCGCAGCUUCACGCGAGCGAGGAGGGAGCCGGAGUGGCUCGCCGCCGCUCCCGUUCCCAGAUCCGCGCGACUAGCGAGGGUGCUGAAGUGAUCUGCCGCCCCGGAGUCUUCCCGGCUGCGCUGGCCUCGCCGAUUGAAGACGACGACCUCCUGAGGGAGAUCCUCCUCCGUCUUCCGCCGCAGCCCUCCUCGCUCGUCCGGGCCUCCGCGGUCUGCAAGCAGUGGCGCUGCGCCGCCACCGACCCCAAGUUCCUCCACCGCUUCCGCCUCCACCACCAGAAGCCGCCCCUCCUCGGCCUCUUCCACCGCCGCAAGGAUGAUAUCGUCUUCACCCCCAUCAUGGACCGUCCCGACCGAAUCCCUCCAGAGCGUUUCGACCUGCAUCUCCUGGACAUGGACAGCCACACCAUGUGGAUGGUCGAACUGCUUGAUUGCCGCCAUGGCCGCGUCCUUCUCAUGGACACUCUGUGGGACGAGGUCAUCAUGUGCGAACCUAUCACCGGCGAGCAGCACCGCUUGGCCGUUCCGCCAGAGUUCGUAAGGAAUCGCUUCACCGGGGCUGUGCUCUGUGCUGCCAUCGACCAUGACCACGUGCACGGAAGCUGCCACUCGAGCCCAUUCAACGUGGUGCUGAUCUCCGCUCUCGGAGGGAAUAAUCAACCUAUCGCCUGUGUUUACUCCUCAGACUGGUGAAUGGGGUGAUAUCAUUCCAUCAACCGUUUCAUUUGAGCUUUUUUAUGACCAUACCCCUGGGUUGCUUGUUGGUAAUGCCCUUUACUGGUUGUUGGAUUCUAUAAGCAAUGACAUACUUAAGUUUGAUUUGGAUGAGCAGAGCCUAGCUGUGAUUAGGGGGCCUCCUCUUACAAAUGAUUUUCGCCAUGGUAGUCAUUGCAUCAUCCAGGCUGGGGAUGGCGCGAUUGGGUUUGCCAUAUUGUCUUACCCUCACUUACAAAUGUGGCAGAGGAAUAUCAAUUUUCACGGUGUUGCCACAUGGGUGCUAUGGAAAACAAUUGACAUGCAUAUGAUUAUUGGGCUCCCUAAACAGAUUCAAGGAAAGAGGGCAGUUGUGAGACGUAUAUUGGGAUCCCUUGAGGAUAGUGAUGAAAUACUUCUAUCUGUGGGCCGUGGUGCCUAUAAGGUUCAACUUAAGUCGAUGAAGUCUAAAAAACUUUGUGAAAACGGUUAUUUAACUCGCUAUCAUUCUUUCAACAGUUUCUAUCCUCCAGGUGAUUUUUCAUCCUUAGUCCUCGUAUUGUAGGAGUAACUUAAUCUCGGUGUGUUCUGUACAUGCAUGUUCGAAUACCUUCCGUCGCGGUUCUCAAGUGUAACAGCUUAAACUUAGUUACCGUCCAUUUGCUAUAUAGACAAACUUAUAGCUAUAUUGUUUAAUAUGUUAUCAUUCAAUAUAUUUGUCUUCAUGCUUCAUAUUCAUUUCUUAGAUAGACAAGCUUAUGGCCUUCUUUUGUGUUAUCAUCCAACGUAGUUGUAUUCGUCCUGCAAGUGACUUAUGCAACACACCUUUUUUCCGCAUUUGUUGUCUCUAAGCAUGCUCUGUUUACUUAAUUUGAAUACCCAAGAUCACUUUUCCUGGUAGUGUUUAUGAUUUUUCGCAUGUUUCUAUUUUGUCUUCUUGAAAUGAGGAGUGAUGAGUUAAAUGAGAUCAAUGCUAGGCCAUGUCUUCCAUUCUUAUAAGCUAAACUUUAUUAUGAGAUACGUAUAUACAUAUAUAUAUAUAUAUAUAUAUAUAUAUAUUGUUUAAAUGAAUAUUCCUUUCAAAAAGCAACAUAUAUAGUUUUAUUUCUUACUAGUUAGUUGUAAAAUGUAAAUAAAAGAGUGCAUCUUUUUCUUAUAUUUGUCAAUUCAUCUAUGUAAUAUAGUAAUAUACUCACUGUUGCCUUCUCAUAUCCAUUUAUAUUUUUGUUGAAACUUUAUUAAAUGAUUGCCUUAUGCUUCUAUGCACAUCCAUUGCUGGUGGACUUGAUGGAGCUGACAUGAUGCAUGAUACACAAGGUGAUAGUUUGGUUAGAUCUUCUAAUGUGCUGAAAUGGUAACAGGUGAAGAAGGGCUGCUGCAGAUGUUAGUUGUCAAUGAAUUUGUCGCAUUCCAUAAAUGUUGUCGGCAGUGUUUAUAUGUUACCUAAAACAACUUACCGUGUCUUAUUCUAGCCAAGUCUGUAUAAUGUAGCAAGAUCCUUUUGAAUACCUGAUCCAGGGAAUUUCAGCUUACUAGUAUUGUAUCAAGUCGGAUUUCGUGGUCUCUUGUUUCUGUUAGUUGUUUGUGCUUAGUUUCAGUGCCAUGUUGUAUCACCGAAACGUGUUUGUUUGAGUGUGCUUGUCAGCUGAGGUUUGAAAAGCAUGUCUACUUUCUUGUCUUGAAAGUGAGUUUUGCUUUGCUGCCGCUUGUCCAAUACUUACCUUGCAAUGGUUCAUAUGAGCCAAAGUACUCAUCAUUGACUCAGCUAUUUGGUGCUGAAGAUACUUGAAAUCGCAGGAACUGGACAGCUGAAACUGCUGCGAGUAGAGCAGCUUCCUUGUUGGCAAGUGGAAUUAAACCUGUAGGUGUGUGCUUUUACAGUUUGAUUGUGAAGCUCAUAUUUUCCUGUAGAUUGAGAAGGAUGUCGAGUACCUCCUGGUGGCAAAGCUUUCUGCAGCAGUUUAGUAUUGUUCCCAAAUUGUUCAGAUCCGAAGGUGUUGCCAUUUAUGUUGUGCGGCCUGCUUGCAUUGGUUU